UCAAAGACACACCUAUGGGCCCUUAGCCGCACCAGCCAGAGGUCUCAGCAGGUACAGCAGGAGUUUCUGUCGGCAGCACAGAGACACAUGUGCACCCGCAGAGUUCCAGUCAUCGGCAGCCAUGAACAGGGAAGAGAAUUACUACACUCAUGGGACAUUUUACCAUAGACCCCAUGGCGAUAAUUAUAACCACAGCCCGCCACCCUGCCUUUACAUGGGCCGACAGCCUCAGUCCGUGUACGCCACGCCAACUCUCGGCGCGCUGGACCACUCGCCCCUUCCUGACAUCGUUCCAUACGAAAUGCCUCUGAUUCGGGAAGACCCGGAGGCGCCGCAGACGCACCAUUCACAGGCGUCGCAGCCGCCCAUCCAGCAGGCCGGUGCAUACGGAGACCCGACAAAUCUGGCGAUGCUCAGCGAAAGGAGCCGGUACCAGCUGCCCUUCCCUUGGAUGAAAUCAACCAAGUCUCAUGCGCACGCCUGGAGAGGACAGUGGGCAGGCUCCUACUUGGUAGAGGCAGAGGAGAAUAAGCGCACACGGACAGCCUACACACGUGCUCAACUGUUGGAGCUGGAGAAGGAGUUCUUGUUCAGUAAGUACAUCUCUCGGCCACGGCGUGUGGAGCUGGCCGUCAUGCUCAACCUCACCGAACGCCACAUCAAGAUCUGGUUCCAGAACCGUCGAAUGAAGUGGAAGAAAGAGGAGGACAAGAAGAGGGCUAGAGGGGGAGACCCUGAGCAGGACUCCUCCAUCAGCUCUGGAGAACCCACUGCCCCCUCCUCCCCCCAGAGCACCCCACAUCCAGCACAGCAGCCCAACAGUGGCACGCAGGCACUCUGCAUAUAG